AUGAUGCCAGCUACAACAGUCUCACCAGCUGUUAGUGUGCUAAACUAUGUUAAACAAAGUUUUGGUCGGUAUUUUGCUGUAGUUUGUUUUCUUUUCGGUGGUGUUGGUGCCAUAUUAAACGUUAUUAUUCUCACUCGACGAUCACUACGUUCAAAUCCUUGUUCAAUAUGCUUUUUAGCAUCAACAUUUGCAGAUUUAUUCAUUGUUUUUAUUAGUAUUCCGGUAAGGUUUCUAACAGCUGGUUAUAAUAUUGAUCCAACACUAUUGUCAGUAGCAACUUGUCGUAUUCAGUAUUACACAUUUUGGUUAUCUCGUGCAUUAUCAUCAUGGUAUAUUGCAUUAGCCAGUAUUGAUCGUUAUCUAAGUAGUUCAAUCAGCGCCCGAAUUCGUCGUUGGAGUAGUAAGCAGAUUGCUUAUCUUACGAUUGCUGUUGUUACUACCACGAUCUCUUUGUCAUAUAUUCAUGUGCUUAUUUAUUUUACGAUUAAUGUAACCAGAGACAAAUAUGGCAAUGUUACAUCGUUUUCAUGUAAUGGAGAAAACGGUUUCUAUCGCACAUUUGCUGCAUUUUUUCAUUUAACAUGUUACACUAUAAUACCCCCGUUACUUAUGCUCGUAUUUGGUCUGCUAACAUUGAAUAAUAUUCGACAGCAAUCUCAUUUAGUUCUACCAUCAACACAAACAAGAGCCACUACAAAAUUUGCUAACAAACAAAACCGUAAAACUGAUCGUCAAUUAUUUCUAAUGUUAUUUUUACAGGUUAUUUGUAUCUUUUUAUCAACAACACCAUUAUCCGCACAACAAUUAUAUAGCACACUUACGGCUAGUUUUGUAAAGGAUGCAUUUAAAAUGGCACAAGAUAGUCUGUUUUUAGCGGUUGUAGGUAAUAUAGCAUUUAUUGCUCAUUGUUCCCCAUUUUAUUUAUUUACAUUAGCUGGUGCAAUAUUCCGGAGAGAACUUAAAAACUUAUUCUUUAAAUUCGUAUAUCGCUGUUUCAAGAAGGAAUAUCAUGGAAGUGGAUCAACAACGUUACAGAAGCCAAUAACAAGAACAACACAAUUUUGA